CGUCCGCGCGUGCGCACCCCGCGCGCUUCGGUCGCUGAGCGGCCCACGGCGGUCUCUUCUGCAAAUGGGCUCCGUGGCCUAGUGUCCCCGUCCCCGCCACCUGUGGUCGCGCGCCGAGGCCCGCGAGGGGUCGCCGCCGAGGUGAGGCCCCUGGCAGCGUGUUUCCACCAGCCCACAGGCGACGGCAUGGCCGCCAUCCCCUCCAGCGGCUCGCUCGUGGCCACCCACGACUACUACCGGCGCCGCCUGGGCUCCACGUCCAGUAACAGCUCCUGCGGAAGUGUGGAGUGCGCUGGGGAAGCCAUCCCUCACCCCCCGGGUCUCCCCAAGGCCGACCCGGGCCACUGGUGGGCAAGCUUUUUCUUCGGGAAGUCCACCGUCCCGUUCAUGGCUACAGUGUUGGAGUCCCCCGAACGCUCGGAGCCUCCCCAGGCCUCCAGCGGCACCAUCACCAGCGACUCAGCUCUGGAAGCCGUAAGGAAGCAGCCUGGUGGCCGGCCUGGCAAAGCCAACGUGGGGCCGCCAUCCUGAGGGCCGAGGCCGGGCUUGGGGAGGUGCUGCGCUCAUCAGAGCCUCUCCCCUUCCCUCCCCCCCUUCUCAUAGACCAGGCCGGCUGCUGCGGCAGAAGCAGUCAGGUUUUAUAUCAAAAUAGCAAAACACCAAAAAGGAAGUUGAGAGAAUCCCACUCUUCACCGUCCAAGCCACACGCAAACCUUCCACACACCCUGGAACCCUGUGCCUCGCACCAUGUGGAAAAUAAACUCCAAGCAGCCAGUA